AGUGUUGUGAAUACAUAAUAACACAAGUACACAACAUAUACACAUUAAUUAUAAUUAUUAACAUUGCUAAUUAUUCCAGAGAGAGAGUGAGAAGAUGAAGAAGAUAUGGGUUGUGUUAGUGGCUAUGUUCAUGAUUAGUGUGUCUAAAGGAGAAGGGAAAUUAGUGGAGAAUUUUUAUGGUCAAACUUGUCCAAACGUUGAAUCAAUUGUGACACAGGCAGUUACCACUAAGUUUCAUCAAACUAUCACAACAGGACAAGCAACUCUGCGUUUGUUCUUCCAUGAUUGCUUUGUUCAGGGUUGUGAUGCGUCAGUGAUGAUAGCGACGGCAAAUGGGGAUGCAGAAAAGGAUGCCUCAGAAAAUCUCUCACUGGCAGGAGAUGGCUUUGAUACAGUUAUUAAGGCCAAAGCCGCCGUUGAAGCCUCAUGUCCCGGCGUUGUUUCUUGCGCAGACAUUUUGGCACUCGCUACCAGAGAUGUUAUAGGCUUGCUUGGUGGCCCUUCAUACAGAGUAGAACUUGGACGCAGAGAUGGACUUGUUUCCAAGGCAUCAAGUGUGGACUCUAACCUUCCGAAAGCAAGUUUCAACCUUAACCAACUAAACAAAAUGUUCUCAAAACACAACCUCACCCAAACCGACAUGAUUGCGCUCUCAGGAGCACACACCGUUGGCUUCUCACACUGCAACCAAUUCUCAAACCGUUUGUACUCCUUCCAAUCCUCGUCCCACGUGGACCCCACCCUUGAUCCAAGCUAUGCACAACAACUUAAAUCAGAUUGCCCUCAAAGCGUUGACCCAAGCGUGGUCAUAGCUCUGGAUCCCCAAACAUCCUUCGCUUUCGACAACUUGUAUUACAAAAGCUUGGUUUCCGGCCAAGGGCUGUUGGGAUCGGACCAGACUCUGUUUACGGACCCGAAGUCGCAGGCUACGGUUGUUGAGUUUGCGAAUAACCAGAAUGAGUUCUUUGUGGCCUUUGUUGCGGCCAUGAGGAAGCUUGGAAGGGUGGGUGUCAAGACUGGUAAUGAUGGAGAGAUUAGAAGAGACUGUACAACAUUCAAUUCAUGAUCUGUUGUUAAAUAAUUUAUAAUUGGUUAGUGGGAAAAGUUUAGUUUAUAUGGUUAUUAGGUGUAUGUCACAAAUUAAUGAACUAGCUACCUACUCCAAAAUUAGGUUCUUGUGUGGGCUUAAAGAAGCACAUGAUUUAUUGAAAAUUAUUUCUUCUGUAAUUUUAUUGUUAGAUUUUGUCCAUAAUAGGGCAAUAAUCUGUAUGGUCAUUAAAUCAAGUUAAAUAAUUAUUUUGUUUUAAUCU